AUGCUCAAAAGCCUCAUCGGGUUUGGCCUCAUCACGGCUGCUUCCGCCAAAUACCCCGAGAAUCCAGGAUGUGGCGAGAUUAAUGUCCUAUACACCGGGCUCCCUGCAUACCACCCAUAUGUGGUUGAACAGGGCUGGGACCCAAGUAUGGUAGAUGCAAGUAUUCGCAGUGAUACACAGAACCUAAUCAACGCGGGUUACAACACUCGCAUUGUUCUCAUGGGUCCUGAGGAGGACAUUAGCCAAAUGGAGGCCCGAUUCAAGGACGUGGAGUUUCAUGUCACAGGAAUCGGAUACGGCAUGCGGCCUUCCAAGAUCCCCGAGGUCAUCACUCGCUUCGAGGACAACGUCUUUCUCUUCAAUCAACUAGUCCCUGACACACCCACGGUUUACAACUACAACCCGAACACGUUUCUGUGGUCUGUUGAGCGCCGCUUCCCUAUCAAGGAGGAUUGCUCAAAGAAGCCCGGCAAGGACCUGGGAUACGAAGAAAUCUGCGAUGAGAGGUGUGAGCUGACCAAGACCUCCUGGAACCUGCGAAAAGCAGCCCUGAACAAGGACAAGGAUAAUGCUCUCUACAAUCAGGCAGUCGAAAUGAACCAGCUGUUUGGGAAGAUAUAA